AUGCAUGAGCUUUUCGACCAGCGGCUAAUCACCAUCCACCCAGAUUCACAUCUGAUACGUAUUUUCGCGCCAUACGAUUUUAUAAUACCGUAUCACGGGAAGAAAGCCAAUUUUGGGAGUAUCCAGUCCGAUCGCAACGCGUUGCGCUGGCACUGGAAUAUGUGCGUUAUCGAGAACAUGGGUGCCAGUACGUCGCACCAGCUACAAGGGGUCUCUACUCUGCUCUCGGGCUCCUUGACGCCUCUGUCUCGUCUCUCCGAGAUGGAUGAGAGUCCUGCCAGCCUCUUUGACGAUGAUACGGGCCCUACUCUUCCGCAUCAAGGACCUGCCGGCUGGAGCAAUUCUGGCGGUGGUCAGAAGCGUUCGAGGCUUUCUGUACAGACGCGCGAGGGUGCUGUUGAUGACUAUGCAUCGUCCGUAGGAGUAUCAAACGGCGAAAAGGAGAUUUGA